ACCGGGGACGCUGGUGGAAGCUGGCGGAGCUUGAGAGUUGAGGCCCCGGCUGCGCUUCACAUGCGGCUGGAUUUGGACUGCCGUGGCAGCCGCUCCACCAAGCAUGGAACCAUGACAAGUUUGACUGGAUUGCCAUUUAUUUUUUUGUCUUACUGAAUUUCACCGCGCGCAUCAGUGACUGACAAUGAGACGCCAUGAUCCGACUGGAGGAGGAUCAUUGUGCACCCCCAGUAGACAGCAUGGACACCGAAAUGCACUCUGCUGAAAGGUGACCUCCAGACACUCCACCUCCCCACAACGCUUGAAUAUGCCAGAAGAUAAAAAUGAGCUCCAACAGCACAGACCCUGGAUUCCUGACUGUCAGCCCUUCACCGCUAGAACCCGGAGCAUACCCACAAUCCAAUGCUCUCCAUAGAGGAGAUAUUCGAGGAUCCCCUUGGUCAGAUACUGUUGAUUAUAAUUCCUCUUUCAACAGCAAACUCUUAAACCAUUCUUCACAGAACGGGAAUGAAACAGCAGCGCUUGACCCCCUGGGCGGCCACCCUGUCUGGCAAGUUGUCCUCAUCGUCUUGCUGACAGGAACACUGUCAUUGGUCACCAUCAUCGGCAACAUUCUGGUAGUGGUGUCCUUCAAAGUUAAUCGCCAGCUGAAGACGGUCAAUAACUACUUCCUUCUGAGUUUAGCUGUAGCUGAUCUUAUUAUAGGGGUAAUCUCCAUGAACCUCUACACACCUUAUCUUAUAAUGGGCUACUGGGCCAUGGGCAACUGGGCGUGUGACCUCUGGUUGGCCAUUGACUAUGUUGCAAGCAAUGCAUCCGUUAUGAACCUAUUGGUCAUAAGCUUUGACCGCUACUUUUCUAUCACAAGGCCUUUGACUUACAGGGCUAAAAGGACCACAAAGCGAGCCGGGAUCAUGAUCGGAUUGGCGUGGUUAGUUUCUCUUGUUCUGUGGGCCCCAGCCAUUCUUCUCUGGCAGUAUGUUGUGGGAAAAAGGACAGUGCCCUCAAAUCAGUGUCAAAUACAGUUCCUCACAGAGCCUAUUAUAACCUUCUGCACAGCCAUAUUGGCUUUCUACCUGCCCGUGACAAUAAUGAGUGUUCUCUACUGGCGGAUUUACAAGGAGACGCAGAACCGCUCAAAAGAAUUAGCUGGGUUGCAGGGUUCGGGGGUCCGUGGUGGUAAUGGGGGGCGGGUUGGGAGUCUGGGGAGUGAGAGGGUCCGUUUCGUGCAUCAGACAGGAAGUUCAAGAAGUUGCAGCAGCUAUGAGCUGACCAGGUUGUCUAAGAGAAAGAGCACAUGUCGCGAGCUCGUUGGCCGCUUCCACUGCUGGCCAGGAAUGCGUUCGUGGAGACCUGCUAGCAUUCGGCAAGGGGAUGCUGAUCCAGACCAGAGCAGUAGCGACAGCUGGAACAACAAUGAUGCUGCAAUCUCUUUGGACCAUUCUGGGUCAUCCGAAGAUGAGGACUGUGGAGGAAGAGAGAUGAUUUCCCAGAGUCAUACCAUUUUUUCCAUCGUCCUUAGCCUCCCUGGCAUUAAAAAUGCUGUUAACUCUCAACUCACCUCAUGUGAGGAUCUGGAUGCAGCCUCAGAGGCAGAUCCCCUGAGAGGAGCUGAGUAUAACAGGGACAGCUUGUCAACGGUCACCACCAACACCACCACUGCCCCUACAAGUGACGAUGCGAACAGUACGGAAAAUAGCUGCCACCAACGCUUCUGCUCACGCAAGAGUCAGUCAAUGUCUACCAUCCAGGCAAGCCCUAACCAAGCAUUUGUGGAUGGAACCCCAGCAACCACUACCACUCACACCAACAGCACCACUCCCAGCACAACCACCAAGUCCCCAUCUGUCCCAAUUUCCUUCAAGGACGCAGCUCUGGCAAAGCGUUUUGCAGCCCGAGCUCGGACUCAGAUCACCAAGAGGAAGCGUAUGUCUUUAGUGAAGGAGAGGAAGGCAGCUCAGACUCUCAGUGCCAUCCUCUUAGCUUUCAUCAUCACGUGGACACCUUACAACAUCAUGGUGCUGAUUAAUGCUUUCUGUGAAGUUUGUAUCCCAGAGACUCUGUGGGCAGUAGGGUACUGGCUGUGCUAUGUCAACAGUACAGUCAACCCCAUGUGCUAUGCACUCUGCAACAAGACUUUCCGUACAACCUUUAAAAUGAUAUUAUUGUGCCGCUGGGACCAGAAAAAAAGGAGAAAGCAGCAGUUCCAGCAGAGACAGUCAGUCGUCUUCCACAGGAGGAUUCCCAGGGAAUCUACGUAAAUGACUGAAAGUCUGAAUGGUUGAUUAAAGAAUUAACAAGAUUUAACAAAGGACAAGGACAAGAAAGAAGCCUCCAUCUACUUGUUUCUGUGGAGUUUCUUUGCCUAGAGUUCCUUGAUGUCCUUUCGGCUGCUCUGCUCAAAAACGGCAAGCCUAUGAGGUGGUUUCUCAGUAUGUGUUUGUGUCGGUGAAUCCAUUUCGCAAAGACGUGCAUGUUUUUCUGAGGUGAGGUCCAGAGAUGAAAGCGUUGGCCCUCUUUUUGGAGAACUCCUUACCAUUUCACGCUAGUACAGCAGAGUGGAAAUGAACUGAGAGGAAAAUAAUUGCAAAGGGCUUUUAAAUGCAGUGCAGGAAAGAAAAAUGAAGUGCAAUUGACACAAACAUAAAGCGUGUCUCUGUCACAGGGUUGAGGAUUCAUAUUUCUUAUCUUUUCUGUCUGUGGGUGGUUAGACUUGUAUUGUGCAGAGUGGUUUUGGAUUUCAAACAAAACUAUGUAUCUGUAAUAAGUCCCUGAAAGCCAAGGUAAAAACAAUUUUGUGUUCACAGGCAUCUCGAUUUUACAGAUUUGAAGUGAAAUCUUCUUGACUUGCAUGUGGUUUUUUUUAACAAAACCUCCGUGAAUUACCUUUCUACUUGGAUAUAGCUUUCCUGUGGUACAUAAAAGUUCUUAAAUUGUGUUCUUACUUUAAGUCAAACAAGAUCUGUUAUUUUUGUGAUGAUCUGUGGUUUUCCAGGUAUUCCAGAGACUUUGAGCCAGUCUGAAAAUGAUUAUUUUAAUUACCUGAGUUGUGAAUAUUCUAUGUGGCACACAGUCAGUAAACUGCUGUUGUGUUCAAUGUGAUUGUUGUGGUUUUUGUGGUGGAGACAAUAAGAACAUUGAAUGUGUUUUAUGUACUUGCAGUUUUUCUGUCCAAAGUAACGGUUACAAAAUAGUAAUAUUUAGUAUAUGUACAUUUAGGUUUCUGACUUGAUACACAAUGAUUGACUGCACACAUAAAAAUGUCAGUUUUUUAAUGUUUGUUUUAUUUUUUUAACCUGACUUGAAUUUCUACAAAUUUGCCAUUUAUGAAACAUUUUCUUUUUUGUAGGACAAGUCCUUGAUAUCAAAGAGCAAUGGCGGCCUCUAGUGGCCGAUGGGAAGAUCUGGUACCUGAGCGUAAUGUCAACAUCUGUGCUGGCGUGUCAAAUUCAUGAAUGAAAACAAGAAAAGCCACUUUUAACAAAAUUGUGCAUCAAGUAUUACAAAUAUUAAAAGGCUGUUUUGUUUAAUUAAAUGGCUCCUAGAUAUAUGCUAUGUUAAAAGACAGACCACAAUCAUUUAAGGUAUCAGUUGUGAUGUUAUUUUCUUUUUGUGUGUGAUUCUGGGUGAAGUACUUUUUCCUUGAAAUUAUUAAUUCUUACGUUAUAUGGUUUGAAUAUACAGUUUACAAGGUGUCUUGAUGUACAGUAUCAUCAGGUUUUUCAUUACAGAAAGUUGUCAGCUCCACACCAGCCACCGACAGUCCACAUCAACAUGAAAUAAUGUGACUUUCAGUGCACAUUACCUAUUUUUAUCUAACUGGUAUUUGGGAAAACUCUACACCCAAACCUUUCAGCAUCAGAAUUGUGCAUAAAACCGAAAUAAAAAACUAAACUGUAUCCUGACAUUUAGGAAAAGAUUCACCAGGACUUUUACUCAUACGUGAAAUCAGAAACAGGCCCCACUUUUCUACAUCAGAUAUUUUGUCUGCUUUUGAACACAGUGUGCUCAUGAUACAUCAUUGUGAAAAUAUGAUUUAUUUUCUAUUUAAACAUGGGAAAUGUAAACAUUUG